AUGGCCCCACUCACCCCCGCCAACGUCAGCAACCCCGCACUCGGCCUGAGCGGCUUCCCAGGGCUGGAGAUGGUUCACCACUGGAUCGGCAUCCCCAUCUUUUCCAUCUACCUGGUGGCAGUGCUGGGCAACUGCACCAUCCUGUACGUCAUCUGGACGGAGCCCAGCCUGCACCAGCCCAUGUACUAUUUCCUGGCCAUGCUGGCCACCACCGACCUGGGACUCUGCCUCACCACCGUGCCCACCGUCAUGGGAGUCCUCUGGUUCCAGCUGAGGAAGAUUGGUGUGCGCCUGUGCAUUUCUCAAGCCUUCAUCUUCCAUUCCUUCUCCUUCAUGGAGUCCGCUGUGCUCUUUGCCAUGUCUUUGGACCGCUUCCUGGCCAUCUGCUUCCCUCUGAGAUAUACUCUUCUGCUGACCUCCAACAGGGUGGCUACAGUUGGGCUGGUCCUUCUGCUGAGAAGCACGCUACUCCUCAUUCCCGUUAUCCCUUUUCUUCUACAGUUCCCCUACUGCCAGGGUGCAACACUUUCUAACUCCUACUGUCUCCAUCAGGACCUGAUCCGCUUGGCAUGCGCCAACACAGCCUUCAACAGCCUUUAUGCUCUCACCCUCAUCUUCCUCACCAUGGGCUCUGACCUCCUCUUCAUCCUCCUCUCCUACAGCCUGAUCCUGAAGGCAGUCCUGGGCAUGACCUCUGGGGACGAAGGCCACCGCAAGGUCCUGGGCACCUGCGUCUCCCACGUCUGUGCCGUCCUGGUCUUCUACGUCCCGGUGCUCGGGCUCUCUGUGGUGCACCGGUUUGGCCGGCACGCCUCUCCCCUUCUCCACAUCAUCAUGGGCAAUUUCUACAUUCUUUUGCCACCCCUGAUGAACCCCAUCAUCUAUAGCAUCAAAACCAAGCAGAUCUACAGGAGGAUCCUCAGAAUAGUCUCAAUCAAAAUCCCCUAA